AUGGAUAAAAAAAAAUCAUCCACAACUAGCAGCGUAACAUCUGCAGAAUACAGUACAAACGUGGUUUCAGCAGCAUCAAAACAGGUCACUACUAGCACUACUGUUACAGCUUCCUCAGAAGACUUUCGAGCACGACCAAGAAGAAUCGUGCAAAAUUUUCUUUUAGUAUGGCUCGAUGCCAAUAUUGACGAAAAAAAGGAAGAUUUUCAAAAGUUACUGACAGAGCUUCGAAAGAUUUUCGUGACAGUAGAACCAUUUACUGACGUCGACCAAUGUGUUGAUUAUCUAACAAGUGUAGAUGAUCAGAAAAUUUAUUUAAUUACUUCUCCGUUACUUGGUCAAACAACAGUGUCGCUUAUACAUGAUAUAGCUCAACUUGAUACGAUCUUUUUUUUCUGCUCAAACAAAGAUGAACACAAAUUUUGGGCGAAAGAAUGGGCGAAAGUGAGAGUCAUUCACGACUCAAUAGAGUCUAUAUGCAUGCAAUUAACAAAGGCGACACAAUCAUGCGACCACGAUGCAAUACCGAUGAGUUUCAUAUCAAUGCGACAAAUAUCAGAAGCAGCAUCCACAGAACAAAAUCUUGAUCAAUUACCGCCAUCCUACAUGUACUCGGUGAUUUUCAAGGAUAUCAUAUUAGAAAUCGAUCAUGAUGACAACAAAUCUGUGAAUGCUUUAGUGAACUUUUGCCGAGAACAAAAUAUUUCUGAAAUACAGAUAAACUUAUUACAGAGUAAUUACCACGAGAAAUCACCUAUUUGGUGGUAUACAAAACCAAUGUUUCUCUAUGGUAUGCUUAAUCGUGCCUUACGAAUGCUCGAUAUGAAAGUGAUGAUAAAAUUAGGUUUUUUUAUUCAAAGUCUGCAUCUGCAGCUGGAACAAUUACAUCAAGCACAGUCGGCAAAUUUUCAACAAGCUUUUACCGUCUAUCGUGGUCAAGAACUCAGCCAAAAGGAUUUUCAGAAUCUACUAGAUUCAAAAGGUGGUCUACUAUCCUUUAACAACUUCUUAUCCACUAGUAAGGAAAGAGAAGUGGCGACAAUAUUUGUUCAAGACACCCCAGAGACAAAUCCAGAUAUUGUGGGUGUUAUGUUUAUUAUGACAAUAGAUCCAAGUAAAAUAUCAACUUCAAUUACACCAUUUGCUAUUAUUGGUGAACACAGUGUUAUCCCGCAAGAACAAGAAAUACUAUUUACAAUGCACACUGUUUUUCGUGUUGGUGAAAUUAAACAGCCGGCUGAGAAUAGUCGUCGUUGGGAAGUACAAUUGACUAUUACUGACGAGAGUGAUCCACAACUGGCUGGUCUUACCAAUCGCAUCAAACAGGAGAUCGACGGCGAAGGAUGGUAUCGAAUGGGCCAGUUAAUGCUCAGAGGGGGUCAUUUCGAUCAAGCUGAGGAACUCUACAAUGAAUUACUCGAGGAUGCUUCUGAUGAUACUGAGAGGGUCCAUAUCUAUCAUCAGCUUGGGGUGAUAAAUUGUCAUCAAGGUGAAUACCAAAAAGCCGCCACUUUCUACGAAAAAUCACUCGAAAUCAAGCGAAAAACGCUUCCAAAAGAUGAUGCUCCAUUAGCGCCUACUUAUAGUAACAUCGGUCUAGUGUAUAACAGCAUGGGUGAAUACUCGAGAGCACUGGAAUAUUAUGAAAAAUCAUAUAAAAUCUUAGAAAUAUCUCUGCCUCCGAAUCAUCCCGAUUUGGCUACUUCCUACAACAACAUCGGUAGUGUGUAUGACAAAAUGGGUGAAUACUCGAAAGCACUCGAAUAUUACGAAAAAUCACAUAAAAUCUUAGAAAUAUCUCUGCCUCCGAAUCAUCCCGAUUUGGCUACUUCCUAUAACAACAUCGGUGGAAUGCAUAGCAGGAUCGGUGAAUACUCAAAAGCAUUGGAAUAUUACGAAAAAUCACAUAAAAUCUUGCAAAUAUCACUGCCUCCGAAUCAUCCCAAUUUGGCUACUUCCUACAACAACAUCGGUCUAGUGUAUUACGGAAUAGGUGAAUACUCGAAAGCACUGGAAUAUUACGAGACAUCACUCAAAAUAAGAGAAAAAGCUCUGCCUCCGAAUCAUCCCGAUUUGGCUGCUUCGUACAACAACAUCGGUUUAGUGUAUAGAGACGUGGGUGAAUACUCGAAAGCAUUGGAAUAUUACGAAAAAUCACAUCAAAUCUUGGAAAUAUCACUGCCUCCGAAUCAUCCCGAUUUGGCUACUUCGUACAACAACAUCGGUCGAUUAUAUGAAGAAAUGUAA